AUGGCCAUUCAAUUGGGAGGUUCUUCCUCUUCUUCAUCAUCAUCUUCUUCCAUCCAUAUAUGGAAUCAUGAUGUAUUCUUGAGCUUUAGAGGUAAAGAUGUUCGCCAAAAGUUUAUUUCACAUCUAUACCAAGCUUUACGUCAAAAUGGAAUCAACACUUACAAGGAUAAUGUCGACCUUGAGAGAGGAGAGCCAAUUUCGUCUGAACUUUUUAAAGCUAUUGUAGAGUCAAGGAUUGCGAUCAUUGUAUUUUCUGAAAACUAUGCAGAAUCCAAAUGGUGUUUAGACGAGUUAUUGAAGAUUCUUGAGUGCAAAAAAUUAUUCAAACAAAUUGUUUUACCCGUAUUCUAUGAGGUAAAACCAUCAGACAUACGAGAGCAAAAAGGAAGCUUUGGGGAAGCAUUCACUAAACUUGGAAAGAAAAUCAAGGAUGCAGACAUAAAGCAGCUGGAGUCUUGGAAGGAAGCUUUAGAAGAAGUAGCCGAAUUGUCGGGGCUUGAAUAUACAGCGAUCGGCCUGGAUGAUGAGUCAGAAUUUAUCGAAAGCAUCAUUCAGUGGGUCAACUCAAGAAUACUAAACCAAACACCUCUAUAUGUUGCCACGUAUCCAAUUGAAAUAGAGUCUCGUAUACGAGACAUAUAUCAGCAUUUAAGUCUUGAAAGGAAUGAUAUCAGACGCAUGGUGGGGAUUUUUGGAGUUGGUGGAAUUGGAAAGACAACUUUUGCAAAAGAUAUUUAUAACAGGAUAUCAGAUCAAUUUGUUGGAAGUUGUUUCUUGUGUAAUAUUAAAGAAAGAUCAAAAAGAGAAGGUCUGAUUGAGCUGCAAAAAAUACUUCUUUCUGAGAUCCUAGGGAAAAAAUUGGAUAUUUAUGAUGCUGAUAGAGGAGUCAAUGUGAUUCGAGAAAGAUUUCGCUCUAAAAGGGUUCUACUAGUUCUUGAUGAUGUGGAUGAGUUAGACCAACUAAAAAAAUUAGCUGGAGAUCGCGCUUGGUUUGGUUUAGGAAGUAGAAUCAUCGUAACAACAAGAGAUCAGCAAGUACUAAAAUUCUUUGAAGAUGAUGAUUCAAAAUACGAGUUGAAGCUCUGGGAUGACAAUGAAGCUCUUCAGCUCUUCAGCUUACACGCUUUCAAGAAAGACGAACCACUUGAUGAGUAUGUGGAACUCUCUAAACGAGUAAUAAAAUAUGCUCAAGGUCUUCCACUAGCUUUAACAGUGCUAGGAUCAGAUCUAAAAGACCAAAGUAGGCAUCAAUGGAAAGGUGCAUUGGAUAAGUAUGAAAGCAUUCCCCACAGAGAUAUUCAGGGUGUACUUCAAAUAAGUUAUGAUGGUUUGGACGAUAAUGAGAAGGAAAUGUUCCUUGAUAUUGCCUUCUUCUUUAACGGAGAAUAUUUGGUUGACAUCAAGAAAAUAUUUGACAAUUAUAAUUUUUUUCCAGAUGAUGGUAUUGAUAGGCUUAUAAAAAAGUGUCUUAUUACUAUUGAAAGUGGAUGUGUUUGGAUGCAUGACUUGCUACAAGAUAUGGGUCGAGAAAUUGUUCGACGAGAAUCACCCCUUCAACCUGGUGAACGUAGUAGACUCUGGUUUCACGAGGAUAUCCGUGGAGUGUUGGAAGAAAGCAUGGGCACGAACAAAGUUGCAGGCAUGAUAAUUGAAAUGCCCAAAGGCGAGGAUGCGAUAAGUUUGAAUUCUGUAGCAUUUUCACAGAUGAAAAGACUUAGAGUGCUUAUCGUUCGUAAUGCUAGUUUUACAAGUGGACCUAAUUAUCUCUCCAACGAGUUAAGAGUACUUGAUUGGUUUGAAUAUCCGCUACAAUCUUUGCCACCCAAUUUCCAUGGAAAAAAACUCAUUAUCUUUCGAAUGAGUGGACAUAGCUUGAUCAAGGAGUUAAGCUUCAUCAAGUGCUCCAUCAAGUUUAAGGAUAUGACAAUUAUGCAUUUCCAUGAUUGUGAUUUCUUAACAAAAGUUCCAGAUCUUUCAAGCGUCCCAAAUUUGAAGGAUUUAGAAGUUGACAGGUGUACACGUCUAGUUGAGAAUUUUUCCAAGAAGCCUCAAGUUGAGAUCUUUAAAUUUACUUGA